AUGGCCAAGAGCAAGAAGAAUAAUCAAGCUGCCAAGGUACAGCCGGUGAAGAAGGAAGCUAUUUCCAAGGGCAAACCUGGAAAGAAGGAGAAUGUUCCUAAAGCAGCUCCACCUAAGAAGGAGAACAUUCCUAAAGGAAAAGCUGGCAAGAAGGAAACCGUGGAGAAGGUAAAACCUGCAAAGAAGGAUAAUGUCCAAUUGAAGACUGUUACAAAACAAAAGGAGCCUGUUCAAAUUAGCAAAGUUAAACCUGGCAAGAAGGAAAACGUUUCACUGAAAUCUACGAAGUUUAAUCCUAAAGUUAACACUGUAAGCGGAAAGGUAAGCGACAUUGUUUUUUGUAUAAAUUUAGGUACCUAAAUUUGAACUUUUUAUUUUGUUUGACUAAAGUUUUAACCAAGCUUGUUUUAGAAAGGCAAAAAGGUGGAAGAAUGGGAAGAUGAAGUGAGUAACGAGGAAUUAUCUGGCGAAGAAGUAGAUUUUGAGGACCUUGAAGGCUUUGACUUCGAAGAUUUUGACGGUGAAGAACUAGAAUUUGAGGAUGAAGAUGAGUCAGAAGAAGAGGAAGUCCCCGCCAAGCCUCUGACAAAGAAAGAAAAGGAAGCUGCCAAGAAAUUGGAAAAAGAAACAGCAAAGAAAGAAGACAAGAAGCAAAACAAGAAGGAGGAAAAGGAAAACAAGAAGGUGGAGGUAGUUGACAAGAAACAGAAGCGAUCUGCUACUGAGGAAGCUCAACCGGCUGCUAAGAAAGCAAGGAAAGAAGAUCCAGUGGUCAUUGCAGAAGAACAACGCCGAAUGGCAGAAAGAGAUGCUAGAGGUUUGAUUGUUCUACUGGAAGGUAAACAGAAGACUGUCUCGGAGUCAGCCAUCAAGUCACUUCAUCCCGACAUUGUUAACGUUACUAGAACUGGAAGAGCUGCGUUCUUGCACUUUGUAUCCGAACCUGCAGCUGAGAAGGCGUUGAAGGUGAUUCAGAAGCUAAGAAUCCAACAGAGACCUAUCAAGGUUGACUUCCUUGGAGUUAAGAGCAAGAGGCCUCAUAAGGAAACAGUUCGUAGGUUUUAAAAAAUUGUUUUUAGACUAUUAUACUUAAAUUUCGUUUUAUUUUAUUUCUUUAAACUUAUCGUUUAUAUUGUUUUAGAUGCAGCAGGAGUUAUUGAGCCCACGAAACUUUACGUUACUGGAUUCCCAGCUGAAAUCACGAAAGAGAAGAUCCAGCUGAUCUUCCCUAAGUGUAAUGAAAUGUUUUUGGACUUUAAGAAGUAUGUUUUAAUUCCAUAUUUUUACGAUAAUUUAAUAUUUGAAGGUUUAACGUUAAUUUGUAUACCAAUGAGGUUUUUAAACUUUAAUUUUUAGAAAAUUGGCUAUUGUUGAAUUUGAGAAUGAAACGGAUGCCAAGGAAGCUUUCGACAAGGGAAAGAACUUGAAAGUCAGCGGAACUUAUGUUGUGGUCACCUUCAAAAGACGCGGUAAGUUACCUGAAUAUUUAAAAAUAUUGUUGUUUAGUGAUUAAAGAAGAAGAGACGAAAGUGGAGCCAACUAAAGUAGAAACAAAGGAUAAAAAGGAAUUGGCCAAGAAACAAAAGGAAGAGGCCAAGAAAGCAGCAGCAAAAGCAGCCACAGAAGUUGAAGAGAUAGAAACAGAAUCCGACUUAUCUGACGAAGAAGGUGGUGUAGAAGACGAGGAAAUAGAUAUUGAAGACAUUGAGUUUGAGGAUGAAGAGGAGGAAGAAGAAGAUGAAUAA